GCGUUGUUAGUCGCUGGGAUUGUUCUCCUUUACGGAAGUUGCGUUUCUCCUGGCCACGCCCCCUCCGCUGUUCCAACGGUGAAGGGAAGGAGACCGUUACUCCCCUUCAUUUUCAAAUUAGUGCUUGAGGGUGUCAGGCUGUUACUGGGAAUGGCGCUUCCAUUUUAGACAUUUUAGGGGCCAAAGUCCACUCCUCCCCCAAAGUUUGAGUUGUGAAGUUGAGUUUCAGUAUUCAAUUGAGCCUGGCUUUAUGUGCAUAACUACUUAUAACUCAACGGCCAGCCAGAGACACACUUUAUUUGGACUGGCCAGUUUUAACUCCUUUGGGCUCCAGUCUUGUGACGUUGUCCAAAUGGUGGUUGUCUAGUAUGAUGGAAGGCCAGGAGCAGUGGGCAGGAAACUACGACUCCCAUUUGUUAUUUGUUCCUCAGCCUUGAAGGAACAAAUUAGGAAUUAGUUCUUCAGCGUGUCAGGUUGAUGCUGAGAAGGGCUUGUCUGCCUUAAAACACUUUGGGGCCGAAGUGUUUUGGGAGCCCCUCCUCCUCCAAAGUUUGAAUUGUGACUUUCGAGUUUCAAAAUCAGAAGCGUUGGUUUUGGCUGGCCCGUACCACAGGGGUCCUUGUGUGUGGCUCAACAACCAGCCAGAGACACACUCAAAAAUCUGUGUGGAUUUACCAGUUUAAACUCAUAUUGGGCUCCAGUCCUGUGACAGAGACCAGUUGUCGAUGGUGGUUGUGCUGUGUGUUAGGACAAUGAUGGAAGGCCGGAAGCAGUGGGUAGGAAACGGCAAUUCCUAUUCUUGGCUCCUUGGCCUUGGAAGCAAUCAUUAGGAAGCCAGUCGCAUUUGUGGUGGGAAGUGGCUUCCCUGAAGAUGAGUACACCAGUCCCGAUUUGAAAGACUGGCACGUUAGAUUCGGCAGAAACCUACAAGUAGGGUCACACUUGAGAGAAUUUGUAGGGUCACACAGGGUGGCAUAUUCAUUAGAGCCAUUCCUGGCCUUUUAAGUUUUAGCAUUUACGAGAAUAAUAAUAAUAAUAUAGUACACCUGUAUGGCACCAAAGUGGGGUUUUUGAACAAAUGCUGGACAGAUUUUCCUCCAACUGCCCAUCUGAAGGUGUUUUCACAAAAGGAGUGGUGUGAAGGGGUCUUUGGGGACUUAUUGUGGCAUGAUUAUAGGGCCAGUCAAGAAAUGUGAGGUCAAGAAGGGUACGCUUAAAGAGGGUUCUAGACACAUUUUGUCAGAGAGUGGUAAACCUUGGGGGUAUUUGGCUACUAAGGGGUCAGCUGCACCUGAGGGACUCUUUGACUGGCAUGACAAAUGAAGAAAGAACAUAGAACCGGGCUAGGCUCUCCACAAUAAGAAUAAACUAUAGGAUGCACAUAGGAGGGUUACCAGGCUAGAAGAUAGUUACUGCAUCACACGACAAACAGCCAUUGAAAAAAGCAGGUGUGAACUUCAGAAAAAGACAAGUCCACUUUGUGGUUAGCAUGACAGAGAUAACAGAUUAGUUUUAGGAAGCCAAAUGGGGUAUAAAAAUUGAUGGGUUGUUUUAAAAUGUGAGGUAGAAGAUCAUUUACAUUUGACAGAAAUCCUAUGAUCUCUAACAAGGGGAUUUAACAGGAGAAUGUGAAAAAGGUAUACAGUACUAAGCGGUUUAUUAGUUCUAUGAGAUAAAAUGUCUAAUCGCCGUGUGACUCCAGCAUGUGAGAGGCGACAACUUCCAUGGGCCAUGAGCUGCAUGGGCUCACCCUCCAAUGAACAACGGUUAAAUCGGCUGCCAUUUCUGGAGGCUGAUCCGCGGCUCCCAUCGAUGUGCUCGGGCUCGAUGCAGCCGCCUGUUCGACGGAGCGGCGCUCGGUCCAGGCUGCUGCCUCCUCCUCCGCCGCCGCCUCCCUUCCCGCCGCCUCCGCCGCCCGCUCCGCUCCCGCUGCCUUCGCCGGCCCAGGCCCCCCUCGACGCCGCCGACGCCGCGCCGCCAGCAGCCAUUUCGGGCGCCGACCGACCGAGGCCGAAGGAAGGGCCGACUGCUGCAAGACAACCUUUGUUCACAAUGUAUAGGCCAAAAGUAAGCUUGAAAGACAGACAGCAACUUUACAAACUGAUAAUUAGUCAGUUGCUAUAUGAUGGAUAUAUCAGCAUUGCUAAUGGUCUGAUAAAUGAAGUGAAGCCACAGUCUGUAUGUGCCCCCUCUGAACAGCUGUUGCAUCUUAUUAAGCUGGGAAUGGAAAAUGAUGAUAGUGCAGUUCAGUAUGCAAUUGGGCGCUCUGAUACAGUAGCUCCUGGCACAGGGAUUGACUUGGAGUUUGAUGCAGAUGUGCAGACUAUGUCUCCAGAGGCUUCAGAAUAUGAGACAUGUUAUGUCACAUCUCACAAAGGACCAUGUCGUGUAGCUACAUAUAGCAGAGAUGGACAGUUAAUAGCUACAGGAUCAGCUGAUGCUUCAAUAAAAAUACUGGAUACAGAGAGAAUGUUGGCAAAGAGUGCUAUGCCGAUUGAGGUUAUGAUGAAUGAAACAGCCCAACAGAACAUGGAGAAUCAUCCAGUUAUUAGGACUCUUUAUGAUCACGUGGAUGAGGUGACAUGUUUAGCUUUCCAUCCAACAGAACAAAUCCUUGCCUCAGGAUCAAGAGAUUAUACACUUAAAUUGUUUGACUAUUCAAAACCAUCUGCUAAAAGAGCCUUCAAAUAUAUCCAGGAAGCAGAAAUGCUACGUUCUAUCUCAUUCCAUCCUUCUGGAGACUUCAUACUUGUUGGCACCCAGCAUCCUACCCUGCGACUGUAUGAUGUCAACACUUUCCAGUGCUUUGUAUCUUGCAAUCCUCAAGAUCAGCACACUGAUGCUAUAUGCUCAGUUAAUUACAAUGGGAGUGCUAACAUGUAUGUGACAGGCAGCAAAGAUGGAUGUAUCAAAUUGUGGGAUGGAGUUUCAAAUCGAUGUAUCACUACUUUUGAGAAAGCACAUGAUGGGGCUGAAGUCUGUUCUGCCAUUUUCUCCAAGAAUUCAAAGUAUAUUCUGUCAAGCGGAAAGGACUCAGUAGCCAAACUUUGGGAGAUAUCUACAGGGAGAACUUUAGUCAAAUAUACAGUUUUACCACCAGUGACUCAUCGUACAUUGACCGUGAGAGGGAAGAAACAGGAUGGGGCACAGGCAGUUGUGUCGUGCCACACUCCUACAUCACUACAUGGGGAAUGCCGCCUUCUGACGGGCGGACUCCUUCCCGGGUGCUCGGGAGGUGCCCGCCUCUGCGCCACCACCCCGGGAGUGCCGCCCACGGGCCUGGUGGAGCACCGCAGCGGGACUCUAGGUGACUCUUUGCACUUUCUGCGCUUUGGCGUUUGGGCCCUUUUCGAUCUGUUGGAGGACAUAAGUGUGACCCUGGCUUGCAUACCGAGGACCUGGCUGGGGCCUGAAAGGGAUGCUGUGGGGAUCCGGCUGCCUGCUGGGUACUCGGUGAAGACCAGCGAGGGCUAUACAAAGGAUGCUCCCAAGCGCCUCUCAGGCCGCUUCACAAGAGCAUCGACGGGGAAGCGUUUCCCUGUUGGUGCUCUUGGACAUCUCAUCGGCUUUCGAUUACCAUGGCCCAUCGGUAUCCUUCUGGGACGCCUGGCAGAGGUGCGACUCGGGGCACUGCAUCAGUGGUUCUGCUACCUCUCCUGGGAGGUCCAGAUGGUGCAGGACGCGGAGGACGUGGCUCCGAUGAGCGGUCCCUUAUAA